UUCUCCUCUGUGCCUCACCAAAAUCUCACUACUUUCUCAUACUACUUCUCACCUGAUCUCUCAAGUACUUAACAAAAAAGCCGCUUUUCUAGCCAGUUACACUUCACUUCAACACAAGCCCAACUUAACAUUUAACUUAAGCUAGCACAAUGCACUACCAGACCGAGUCAUGGGGCUCCUACAUGCCCACAAGAACCACCAUGGGCAUGGGGGACCCGAUGGAGCGCAUAGAGCGGAUGGCGUCGGAGAGCGCGGUGGUGAUAUUCAGCAUAAGCAGCUGCUGCAUGUGCCACGCCAUUAAGCGCCUCUUCUGCGGCAUGGGCGUCAAUCCUACUGUGUACGAGCUGGACGAGGACCCCAGAGGCAAGGACUUGGAGAAGGCGUUGACGAGGUUGCUGGGGACCUCCUCCGCCGUCCCCGUCGUCUUCAUCGGUGGCAAGCUCGUUGGCGCAAUGGACAGAGUGAUGGCCUCUCAUAUCAACGGCACUCUUGUCCCUCUUCUCAAAGAGGCCGGGGCUCUCUGGCUCUGAGAUUCGUUCGACCUCUUCUGUCUUCAAAUAGUUUUUGUGGUAAGAAAGAAGAGAAAACAAAAGUAUGAAGUACUACUUAAUUACUUAAUUACAUAGGGCGGGCAGGCAGAGGACGAGGAGUGGCUUUUGUGAGUCCACCUCCGUUUUGGACACUAAUUAAUCACUAAUGUCACUUAAUUAGCGAGUUUAAUUUCUCAUCUGGGUUUCCUUUAAUUUUUUUUUAAUUGUUUUGUGUUGCUCUCUAGGUCAUAUGAUAUGAGUGUGUUAGACUGUCUUCGGGCUUUUACUGCGGGCGUUCAGAGAUGUAAUUGCUCCCUCCUCUGCAUACAAAAAUGAAAAGAAAAAAAAAAGAGUUAAUUUCUUACUUUAAUCUCCACAACUCUUGUAUUUGUCUCCGAAUUUAUUUGCAUUUUUGCAGAGCUAAUUAACCAUAUUAUUACAUUUUUAGGCUUAGUUCGAUGUAUUUACUUGCCAUACCCAUACAUGUAAAUUGUCAAAGAAGAUUAAGAUUAUGUAGAAGAGAAA